GUCCGCUCCGUCUGACGUCCAGCUGCGGUCAGAAUGAUUGAAGAAGGCAGUAAACGAGGAAAGGCCCUGGUGGAGAAGAGGCAGCUGUUUAUGGAGAUGAGGGCUCAGAACUUUGACGUGAUCCGAUUGUCCACCUACAGGACGGCCUGCAAACUGCGCUUUGUGCAGAAAAGAUGCAACCUUCACCUGGUGGACGUGUGGAACAUGAUUGAGGCGUUUCGGGAUAACGGUCUGAACACUCUGGAUCAUAACGCUGAAAUAAACGUGUCCCGUCUGGAGACCAUCUUGUCCUCCAUCUACUUCCAGCUGAACAAGCGUCUGCCCACCACCCACCAGAUCAGUGUGGAGCAGAGCAUUGGCCUCCUGCUCAACUUCAUGGUGGCCACCUACGACAGUGAGAGCCAUGGGAAGCUGACAGUUUUCUCCAUGAAGUGUAUGCUCGCUACAAUGUGCGGAGGCAAGAUCGUCGACAAGUUACGAUAUAUCUUCUCUCAGAUCUCAGACUCCAGUGGGGUCAUGGUUUUGGCCAAGUUUGACCAGUUUCUUCGGGAGGUUUUGAAGCUGCCCACGGCUGUGUUUGAGGGACCAUCGUUUGGCUACACAGAGCACGCCGUACGCACAUGCUUCCCCCAACAGAAGAAGAUCGUCCUCAACACGUUUCUGGACGUUCUCAUGGCUGACCCCCCUCCUCAGUGUCUGGUGUGGCUGCCGCUCAUGCACCGGCUCGCCAACGUAGAAAACGUUUUCCACCCGGUUGAAUGCUCGUACUGCCGUAGUGAGUCCAUGAUGGGCUUUAGAUACCGGUGCCAGCAGUGCCACGGGUACCAGCUGUGCCAGAGCUGCUUCUGGAGGGGCCACGCCAACGGACCACACUCCAACCAGCACCAGAUGAAGGAGCACUCCUCAUGGAAAUCUCCAGCCAAAAAGCUGAGCCAUGCGAUCAGUAAGUCUCUGGGCUGUGUGCCGAUAGGAGAGCCCCCCCACCCUGUGUUUCCAGAGCAGGCCGAGAGACCCCAGGAGCUAACGCACACUGUUCAGCCGAAAGCAGCCAUCCACAACAUGAACGACACGCUGCUCUUGUCCUCCGGGGGGCACACUCCCAACAAGAGUGUCCUGGAGAGUCCGAGCCGAUUGGACGAGGAGCACCGUCUCAUCGCUCGGUACGCGGCGAGGUUAGCGGCCGAGGCAGGAAACUCCACGCAGCAGUGCCCUCCCACCGACCUCGGCUUCAACUUCGAUGCAAACAAACAACAAAGACAACUGAUCGCAGAACUGGAGAACAAGAAUAGGGAGAUUCUGCAGGAGAUCCAGAGGCUGCGUUUGGAGCAUGAGCAGGCGUCACAGCCGACCCCAGAGAAGGCCCAGCAGAACCCCACCCUGCUCACAGAAUUACGCCUGCUCAGACACAGGAAGGACGAGCUGGAGCGGCGCAUGUCGGCUCUUCAGGAGAGCAGGAGAGAGCUCAUGGUGCAACUGGAGGGACUCAUGAGACUGCUCAAGUCUCAGUGUGGCAGCUCCCCUCACUCGUCUCCCAGUCACGGCGCCGGCUGCUCGAUGCCCAUGCCCAUCCGCUCCACCUCUGCAGGCUCUACCCCCACACACACCCCCCAGGACUGUCUGAGCGGUGUGGGCGGGGACGUGCUCGAGGCCUUCGCUCAGGGUGUACCCAGAAAUCUUCGAAAUGAUCUGUUAGUUGCUGCUGAUUCAAUCACAAACACCAUGUCGUCUCUGGUCAAAGAGCUGCACUCAGUGGACGACGGAGGAGACGAAGAAGAAAUCAGCCUGAGAAAUGGAGACAGAGGUGACGUGUUCGAUGCAUGGUCCCUCUCUGUGGCUGUGGCCUGUACCCAUCCGGCGCUAGGACCCUGGACUUGGCGCACAGUCUUCGGCAGAGGCCCUGCAGAGAGAGCGGCGCAUCUGGAGCAGAGCUGGCCGGGCAGGGGAGGCGGAGGACGGGGAGAGAAGAGGAAGGAGGCUCCGGGAGCGAAGCGAGACAUAAAGGGCUUAGGCCUGGGACUCGGGAAAACCGGGUAA